GCCUGUUAAGCGAAGUCUUCUUCUAUUCCGUCCACAACCAUUUUUAACCAUUUGAAGUUUGAAUGAUUAUAUACCAUUGAAGGUCAUUGCUUUCUCAUGGCACUAAAACCCUAUUUAAACGCAGUUAGGCACACUCUAAAUGCAGCAUUAUGUGUUCAGAAUUUUUCUUCACAAGUUGUUGAACGUCACAACAAACCUGAAAUAGAAGUUCGAACCUCCAAGGAACUACUACUAAACCCCGUAAUUAUUAGUCGGAAUGAAAAAGAGCGGGUACUGAUUGAAGGGUCAAUUAAUUCAGUUCGUGUCAGCAUUGCUAUCAAACAGUCUGAUGAAAUCGAAAAGCUACUUUGUCGAAAAUUCACUCGGUUUAUGAUGACUCGUGCAGAAGACUUUGUUAUACUUAGGCGUAAACCUGUCCCUGUAAGUUCAUAUCUCUGAUCGUUUAAAGUUAACUUUGGAACCUCAUUUCCUAUUUUUGCUGCAGCAAAACUACAAAUUUGAUCCCUUUUUAAUAUUUGCUUGUUAUUUGUACACAGUUCAGAAAAAGCCCUGAUAAUUGACUAGGAAUUCCCACCCUGAUUUUCUAUCAUGCGAUAGUUUAUUAAUCCUAUUCGAACUGUCUGGAUCACUGAGAAGAAUUUCUCAUUGUGAAAAGAGAGUUCACAAUAUUUACUCCCUUGGUUUUCUGUUAGUUUCUUAGCUUCUGAUUGUUAUUUCCUUAACCCUAGCCAAGGUACGUACACCUUUAGUCACACCUGUAUUGUGAGAACAGUCCGGAGUCCCUAUGUAACUUAACUACACUGAGACAUUCUUCCAACAUUUUUUGCUUAGUGGUCCUAGCGCAAAUGUUCCUUUGAUUAGAAAUCGUAGAAUAUAUUUCUUUUCCACAUAUGUAUGUGCUUACUGUUAGAGUGUGAUUGAUAUCCGUUCACUCGACCAUGUAAUAUCGUUUAGUUAAUUACCGCUAGUUCAGAUUUACGUUCAUGUACAUCAACAGAUCAGGUUCUAUACAAGUAACUAGAAAGCAAUAUUGAUCAUUUUACUAUGUAAUAAUAAACUGACUAAAAUAUAUUUUGAAUACGUCAGUACAGCUUCAGAUUUUCAUGUUUUAGGUAGUACAUAUAUUAAUCAACUUGAAAGACUUCAGUGUAUCGACUUCAUGUCCCGUGUCAAGGAAAUGUCUUGCGAUGGCACUGCUGAAUGCUUUUAAUCCAUUUAAUCUUGAACUUUUCGGAAUAUAUUCUUUGGAUCGGACGUAGGCUCUCCUUCCUGUUCUACUAAUGUAACUGCUUUGGCAGAUACAUGUAGAUUUGUAUACACAUUUGGUGAGAUACAUGUUGUAAGCAGUUGAUGAGAACCUAACGAAAUAAAAUGAAUGCAUAUUAUUUUGCAUCAAUCUUCGUUCUUGCUCUUUUUAAGAUAAUAAAGGGAACUAUGUGUAUGAAACAAAAAGUUUUUUGACAUAUAUCCCAUAGAUCUAUGAGUGCGUGACAUAAAAUAAGUAUCUGUAUACAAAAUUUGUUUGUUGUUUAUUUAAAUUAAUGCUCACAAAUAGACAUCAAAAUAAAUAUGCACCACAAAAAUACGAAAAUGGCAGCGUAAAGAGAUAUAAAAAAGAGUCACUGUAAUGGAAGUAAAUAAAAAUAAGUGAACGAGAAUGGUGUAUGCUAGGAGAAACGGUCUGGUUUGAAAACAUACGAACAGGAAGGACUUUUUGUCGAGGGGAUUCCUCUCAAUUCUAUGAAGUGUAAAAGAACAACAGGAUAGCCAUUGGCUUUUAUUAUGGGUCGUGUAUGACGACGUCUUGAGUCACUGAGUUGUACAAUUCUUGGGGCCCCCAACCAAGGAGCCGUGAUAAACCAAUAAAUGCCAGUCUUAAAGAACUUACUUUCAUAUCACCGGUCUGCUUAGCUUCGAUCAGUUUGUAAUUAUUUUUUGUCAUUUGUUUAUCUAAUUAAUUCUUCUGAUAGUAGUGUUGCCUUUUAUAUUUCACGACCUCAUUUUUUACAUUUAUCCUUAGUUGUUUCUACCCAUAAAUCCCAUCUUAUUUGUGUUAUGUUACACAUAAUCGAAUACAGAUUAAUAUAUAUGUUAGUUUGAUUAACUACUGUUCAUUAGCAAGGUCUCAGAAAAUAUAUAAAAUCGUGACAAACUAAUCAGUUAUGAAUAGAAAGGGUAAAAUUCACAAAUGGUAGUUUUAAAUAGUUGUAUUUUAAUAUUACCAAUAUCUGGUAUCUAGUUUUUGACUACAUUUCAUUCAUUUUAUCAGUUGUUAGAAAUAUUCGUUCAAAUUUAGACGAGACAUUUUAUAAAUAUUAAUUUUUUUGUCUUAGUUUUGGAACGGUCAGUAGCUCAUUGCUUGUUAUCCAUAAAAAAAAUUACGUUGUCGAAACUUCGUUUAACUGUUUUGUUAGUUAUCGAUUAACUUUUUAGCUUAGGGAUCCUUUGAAAUAUCUGUCUGAUUGAACUAUAAUUUGUAAUGGAUGUUCUGUCUCCUGGGGUUGUUUGCAAGACUUUUUAAAAUUUCAUUUUUGCAAACUAGGGCUGGGAAUUGCAACUCAUUCGAGUAAAUUAAUUCCUCCGUAGAAAUUUACUUCCUCAUUUUGAUGAUGAUUCAAGGCAAUAAUGGACCUAAUUUAGAGAACAUCAGAAAUCUUAAACCAAAUUUCACAGAAAGCUGUAAAUAACGUACAGAAGAUAGAUAUUCAACGAUGCUAAAGAUCAUCAUUAUUUAAAACGAACAAGUCCAACAUUAGGAUUGAUACCUGCGAAGUUAAAGAUCUAUAGUUAUUUACAGGUUUGUUGUAUUUCUCCUGUUUUGUUCGUGUCACUCCUUGGAGGAAAUAAAACUAAUGAUGGAAGAGUUCAAUAACCUUAAUGUUAUUUUGAAAGCUUUUCCUGAGAAAUUGUUAAAAAGUUGUAUUAUAUAUUGUUUUUCUCUGAGUCAAACCCAUUUUUUCAUACUAUCCUUUGGUUAAUAUAUUUUAAAGUACUUUAAAGCUUGGUGUUAAUUUAACUUAUGAUUCCUUUGAUUUUAGGGUGCAUAAAAUGCAUUUGUUGUAGAAGUGUUAAUAUAAUUCCUAUGUAAAGAUGUCCAUUGCAUAUCUCGUAGAGCAUAGACUAAUUGAAAUAAAUGGUCCAUUCGUUAGUAUUUUUAGCUUACGAUGUAACUUUUGUUAAUAUAAACUUAUUUUUUUUCCGUUGGACUUGUCGAUAAUCCUUUUGUUAUGUUAUCUACAUUCCCAUCAAUGUAUUACUUUGAAUCUAUUGUAGAUUUGCUUUUUGUAUGACUUAAUUAUUUUUUGGUGUAAGUUGGAGACGUCAAGUUUCUUUGAUUAUUGAUAUCGUUCGAAAUUUUACCACAUCAAGGUGUUGUUAGAAAUACUUUCUCGUCCUAUAAAUUUCACUCAUUCACAUCUCAAUCAUUCAGAUUAACGACAUGUAAUACAUAGUUAAAAUUCUAUUUUCUCGUAAAGAUAUUUGUUCGUCUAACCUUCUGCGGUCCUGUUUUCUUAAUCAAAAUCCUAACAUUUUUCUUUUUAUGUUCCUUUCUCUAUAGGGCUAUGACAUCAGUUUUCUUAUCACUAAUUUUCACACGGAACAGAUGUCAAAGGCAAAAUUGGUUGAUUUCGUAAUUACUUUCAUGGAUGAGAUUGAUAAAGAAAUUUCCGAAAUGCGCUUAGCAGUGAAUUCUCGGGCUCGUCAAUGUGCUGAAGAAUUUUUGAAGGCGUUUGACUAACAGAUAUGUGAAGUAAAUAGUAAUUUCGCUUAAUAUUGUGGUAAUUCAAAGUAACUUUAACGACUCUUUUGAAACAGUUUUUUCUAUAAUUUUGUCUUUCAAUUAACGUUGACUUGUAAAAGUAAAAUGUUUUUAUGU